AUGGUCUCCAUUCAAGUAGUCAAACAAUCCAACGCCCUCGUCGCAUCUCUCCCAAAGGGCCUAGUAGCAGUCUUCAUCGGCGCAACAUCAGGCAUCGGCAAAAGCACCCUCCAACACCUCGCCGAACACGCGCGCUCCCCGCACAUCUACACCAUAGCUCGCCCUCAAACCGUCGCAUCCCACGAGUCCUUCCUCGCCUCGCUGCGCGCAACCGCGAACCCAGACGCCAACCACACCCUCCUAUCCGCAGACCACGCCCUCGUAUCCGACAUCAACGCCGCCAUGGACACCAUCCUCCAACAGGAAACCAAAAUCGACAUCCUCUUCCUGUCGGCGGGGUUCAUCGCCUUUGAAGGACGCCAAAACACCGUAGAAGGGCUGGAUCCGUCCAUGUCGACGCGGUACUACACCCGCCUCCGCGCCGUCCAAAAACUCCUCCCUCUCCUCCGCAACGCGACCCGCCCGCGCGUCGUCUCGGUGCUGGCAGCGGGGUUAGAGGGUCCCAUGGUCGACGAGGAUGAUCUCGACCUCCGGAGGCCGGGGAACUGGGGGUAUUGGCCUGCUUCCGUGCAGGCUACGACUAUGGGCACCCUUGCGCUCGAGGUGUUGGCGCGGGAGAACCCGGGGGUGAGUCUUGUGCACUCUAUGCCUGGACCCGUGGCGACGCCAGGGUUGGAGAGGGCGAGGGGGUUUGGGGUGGGAGUUACUGGGGAGAUGGGUCUUGAGGAGGCGGGUGCGAGGGGGUUGUUUUUGGCGACGAGUGAUUUGUAUGAUUCUCGGGGUCGGGAGGGAGUUGUGAAAGUUGCUGAGGGGGUUGAGGGUGUAAGGAAGUCUGGGGGUGGUUUGUUUUUGGUUGGUCCGGAAGGGGAGACGAUUGAUAAUGAGAAGGUUUUGGGGGAUAUGAGGGAGAGAGGGUUGGAUGAGAAGGUGUGGAAGUUCACUCGGGACUUAUUUGAUGAUUGUCUGGACCUGAAGGGAAGACUCGAAGAGCGCGAUUAG